GGGGUUUAUACUAAUGAGGCCGGGGAAGGAGGCUGGCACUGCCAAGAUGGCGGCGGAAAGGAGUCGCUCUCCGGUGGGGGGCUCGCCAGUGCCGGCCUCGAUGUUCGCCCCGGAGCCCAUGGCUCACGGUGGGACAGUGGCGGUUUUCUCUAGGCCUCACGGCGGCGUCCCAGAAACUGACUGCAGCGAGGACGGCGAGCUGCUCAACGGAGAGCCGGAGCUCGAUCUUACCAGCAAGCUAGUAAUGGUGAGCCCAACAUCCGAACAGUAUGAUAGUUUACUCCGACAGAUGUGGGAGAGGAUGGAUGAAGGAUGUGGAGAGACCAUCUAUGUUAUUGGUCAAGGAUCAGAUGGGACUGACUAUGGGCUUAGUGAUGGAGACAUGGAAGCUUCCUAUGCCACAGUGAAGAGCAUGGCAGAACAAAUAGACGCUGAUGUAAUUCUCUUGCGAGAGCACCAAGAAGCAGGAGGCAAAGUGCGUGAUUAUUUGGUGCGGAAACGUGUGGGUGACAACGAUUUCCUAGAGGUUAGGGUAGCAGUGGUUGGCAAUGUGGAUGCUGGGAAGAGCACUUUGCUGGGGGUUCUUACCCAUGGUGAGCUGGACAAUGGACGUGGUUUUGCUCGGCAAAAACUUUUUCGCCACAAGCAUGAGAUUGAGUCAGGCCGUACCAGCAGUGUGGGCAAUGACAUCUUGGGUUUCGACAGCGAAGGCAACGUUGUGAACAAGCCUGACAGCCAUGGUGGGAGUUUGGAGUGGACCAAGAUUUGUGAGAAAUCAACAAAAGUCAUAACUUUCAUUGACCUGGCUGGGCAUGAGAAGUACUUGAAGACUACAGUCUUUGGCAUGACUGGGCAUCUCCCUGAUUUUUGCAUGCUAAUGGUUGGCAGCAAUGCUGGAAUUGUUGGGAUGACCAAGGAGCACCUCGGUCUGGCAUUGGCGCUUAAUGUUCCAGUCUUUGUGGUGGUAACCAAAAUUGAUAUGUGUCCGGCUAACAUACUUCAAGAAACUCUGAAGCUCCUGCAACGACUUUUGAAGUCACCAGGAUGCAGGAAGAUCCCUGUGCUGGUCCAGAGUAAAGAUGAUGUUAUUGUUACGGCCUCCAAUUUCAGCUCUGAAAGGAUGUGCCCAAUCUUCCAGAUUUCCAAUGUCACUGGUGAGAAUUUGGAGUUGCUGAAGAUGUUUCUCAAUCUCCUAUCUCCAAGGACAAGUUACCGGGAGGAAGAACCUGCAGAAUUCCAGAUAGAUGAUACUUAUUCUGUGCCAGGUGUUGGAACAGUGGUGUCUGGGACAACCCUGAGAGGCCUAAUCAAGUUAAAUGACACUUUGCUUCUAGGCCCAGAUCCACUAGGCAACUUCUUGCCUAUUGCUGUGAAAUCCAUCCAUCGGAAGCGCAUGCCAGUCAAAGAGGUGCGGGGUGGUCAGACUGCUUCCUUUGCUCUGAAAAAGAUCAAACGCUCUUCUAUCAGGAAAGGUAUGGUGAUGGUAUCACCUCGGUUGAAUCCGCAAGCCUCUUGGGAAUUUGAAGCAGAGAUUUUGGUACUCCACCAUCCUACCACUAUCAGUCCACGUUAUCAGGCAAUGGUACAUUGUGGUAGCAUUCGCCAGACAGCCACUAUCCUUAGCAUGGACAAAGACUGCCUCCGCACUGGGGACAAAGCCACUGUCCACUUCCGCUUCAUCAAAACUCCUGAGUACUUGCACAUAGACCAGCGGCUAGUUUUUCGUGAGGGGCGUACCAAAGCUGUCGGCACUAUCACCAAGUUACUCCAGACCACCAAUAAUUCUCCCAUGAACUCGAAGCCCAGCAAAUCAAGAUGCAGUCUACAAAAAAAGGACCCUUGACCAAGCGCGAAGAGAGCGGAGCCCAGGCUGGCAUAGCAGUGCUGACUUCCCCUGUGGCAGAGGAUGGAGCCUCACUGGCAACAGUUGCCUCAGCACCAUCUGGUGCUCAACAACCACAGCCUGCUUUGGAUGAAGAAUCCCACAACCAAGAGGGAAAUAAG